AUGCCAGACUGCUGCCGUUGUGGGAGUUAUGCACCUCAAGCUUUUCACUGCGCAUGUACAGGUGAAGACAAGGCUGUUUAUGUCUGCGGAGAGGAUGCCUGCCGCAGGAGUGGCUGUCCUGAUUGCGGAAGAUAUGUGGCAGACGGAGAAAUCUUGACGGAAUCUGGCACCGCGACACGACCCACCGAUUCAAGCACAACAGUGCCCCGUCCCAGCAGGGGCAACCUGUCAGAGGAUGGGAGUUCUUGCUACGAAGCUGCCGGUACCAUGGGCGCGGAAGCAACUGAAGGUGUUCGGAUGCCGGCAGAGAGCAAGUACUUAAUCUUGCUUGAUCUCCAAUACACUCUUCUUCGGUACGAUGGACGAACAACUAGCAUUCGUCCGUUCGCCAGAGAGUUGGUUCUGUUGCUUUUGCAAAAGCAGAAGGAAGGCCUUUGUCAGCUUGGCUUCCGCAGCACUAAGGCCGCUAAAAAUGCCAUACCUCUCGUGGUGGAUUUCCUCCGACAGACGACAUCUUGGGAAUGGGUUGCUGACAGUGUGCAUGGGGAUCGAAUUUUGCAGGACACCUCGACGCCUGGUAGAAGCGUUUGGCUCGUUCAUGGUGACCUAAGUCAGCAGAAUCCCUUGGCACGCCACGACAAGUCGCAGACGCCAAUGCAACUCUUGGAUUUGGACACUGUGGUAUAUGAAUUCGAGGACAUCAGAGAUGGCACGAGAUUCACAAGGUCCUUACUGGUUUUCGUUACAUGCGGCGGAAGUACACUCGGCACGCAUGUCGAUGAAGGCAGUGCGCGUAAUAUACUCAAAGUCCCAGGAUGGAGAUGUCUUCCUGAAGAUGACCACCUCCAGCGCUUGGCAAGCUACUUUCUUCACUUCUUCCUGCGAAGGCCUUCCGACACACGUGUGCAUUUGCAGGAACAUGUGUUCGAUCAGAGAUACGUUUAA